CGUGGUCACCGUGGCUAUCUUAUUAUACAUCAAUUUGUUCCGUACCCACUGUGACCGAUUGGACCUCAGGCUCCAUGGAACAUACCUCUUUUAUUUCCUGGACACCUUCCAUUACAUUAAUUCGACCCAUAGAACAUGCUAUCAAAUCGGGUCAUCGCUGCAGCACGCAGUCGUGCCUUUCUCGCAGGCAGAAACAGUGCCCAAUACCGUGACACUGCUGUAUCGUUGUCGAAAGGAUGGUGCGCGUUGCCAACUCUGGGUGUUCUUCUCUCUGUUGGCAGCAUAGCUUACGGAUGGUUACUUUGUUGUCUGUAUAGGAAAAUGGCCGGCUCGCAAAUGAGACGUGCACAGUUCCAUUCAUCGCAUCUCCUCCAAGCUGAGACUGUAAAAGUCCCACAGAUGGCAGAGUCCAUCUCCGAAGGUACUCUUCGGUCAUGGUCAAAACAGGUUGGGGAUAGCGUAGAGGCUGAUGAGGAAGUCGCGACGAUCGAGACGGAUAAGAUUGAUGUUUCCGUUAACGCGCCUAAAGCAGGGAAGAUUGUGGAGCUGCUAGCAAAGGAGGAUGACACUGUCAGUGUCGGUCAGGACCUCUUCAGAAUUGAACCUGGUGAAGGUGGUGCAUCUCCCGCUCCUCAAGAACAGAAGAAGGUAGACCCUGAAGAGCCUAAGGACCAAAAACUGGACAAGACAACGUCGGAGUCUUCCGCACCUUCAGGAGCAGACAAGCAGAGUGGUGUUAUUCCUUCCGAAGGACCUAAAGAGUCCAAGAAGGAAGUGAAGCAGGUCUCAAAACCAAAGGAGGACAAGUCAAAAGCACCUCCGGCCACGUCAAAGGCACCAGGCAAUCGGGGUGAGACAAGAGUCAAGAUGAACCGUAUGCGCCUGCGCAUUGCUGAGCGUCUCAAGGAGUCUCAAAACGCUGCCGCUUCACUCACGACAUUCAAUGAGAUCGACAUGUCGUCUCUCAUGGAGAUGCGAAAGAAGUAUAAGGAUGAGGUGCUCAAGGAACAUGACGUCAAGCUUGGUUUCAUGAGCGCAUUCGCUCGUGCAUGCGCGCUGGCACUGAAGGAAAUUCCUGCUGCAAACGCGUCCAUUGAGGGUGACGAGAUUGUCUACCAUGAUUUCGUCGACCUCAGUGUCGCUGUCGCGACUCCAAAGGGCUUGGUCACUCCCGUAGUGAGGAAUGCCGAGGGCAUGGGUUUUGUUGAGAUCGAGAAGGAAAUUGCCGCCCUCGGCACCAAGGCCAGGGAUGGUAAGUUGACUCUCGAGGACAUGGCAGGAGGUACCUUCACCAUUUCCAAUGGCGGCGUCUUCGGCUCAUUGUAUGGAACGCCCAUUAUUAACUUGCCUCAGUCUGCUGUGCUCGGCAUGCAUGCAAUCAAGGACAAACCCGUUGUAGUCAACGGCCAGAUAGUCAUCCGACCCAUCAUGGUUGUCGCCCUCACUUACGACCACAGACUACUCGAUGGUCGGGAGGCAGUUACCUUCUUAGUGAAGGUUCGCGACUACAUCGAGGACCCCCGCAAAAUGCUUCUUGCAUUGAACUGAGCUUGCCUUGGCGAAUUCUGAUGGCGAGAGACCCGCGGUUAGGUGCACUUGCUCUUAUAAGUUACAGUAAUUUCGCAGUUAGUAUUUCAGUGAUAAAUUCCUUGGUAUAUAGUUGUCAUUGUCGUUCUCACAUUACCACUCAUGGAUGACAUCAUCUUGCGGGACAAUGAGCAUGCUUAAUCCACCC